AUGCAAACGCACAAGGACUCUGACCUGCCAUGUGAAAACGAAAAAAUCGUGUGCAAACAUAUGCCAGUUGCAUCAUCUCUGCUGUUGACUUCGAUUUUCUGGACAGAAGUGUAGUUCUCACACAAGCAACACCGGAACUAAAUCAUGCCGUUGUCUUGUCGAUUCUACGAGCAACACUACCCAGAAGUGGAAGAUGUGGUUAUGGUCAAUAUCCGCUCCAUCGCCGAGAUGGGAGCCUACGUCAACUUGCUGGAGUACAAGAACAUCGAGGGCAUGAUCAUGCUGAGUGAAUUGUCGAGACGACGUAUCCGAUCCAUCAACAAGCUGAUUAGGGUCGGCAGGAAUGAGUGUGUGGUGGUCAUCCGAGUGGACAAGGACAAAGGUUACAUUGAUUUAUCCAAGAGAAGAGUGUCGACAGAAGAGAUUGCAAAGUGUGAGGAGAAAUAUGCAAAAGCCAAAACAGUCAACAGCAUCUUGCGGCACGUCGGCGAAAUCCUGCACUAUGAAAGUGACAGCCAACUUGAAGAGUUGUACCAGAAGACGGCAUGGCACUUUGACCACAAAUACCACAGUCCUGGUUAUGGCGCUUACGAAGCAUUCAAGACCUCAGUCAGUGACCCCUCGAUACUGGACGAGUGCCAGCUAGAUGAACAAACAAGGAAAGUACUCAUGGAGAACAUCCACAGACGGUUAACGCCUCAAGCCGUCAAAAUCAGGGCAGACAUUGAGGUUGCCUGUUAUGGCUAUGAUGGUAUUGAUGCUGUGAAGGAUGCAUUGUUCAAAGGCUUGGACCUAUCAACCGAAGAAAUGCCCAUCAAGAUCAACCUGAUUGCCCCGCCCCAGUAUGUCGUGACAACACAGACGCUGGAGCGAGUAGAAGGCCUCAAGAAGCUGAACACUGCCAUCGAACUCAUUAGGAACUCCAUCCGAGCGAGUGGAGGAGUCUUCAACGUAGUCAUGGCACCCAAGGUUGUCACAGACACAGAGGAGAUGGAAUUAGCCAAACAUCUGGAGAAAUUAGAACAGGCCAACGCGGAGGUUGCUGGAGACGAUGAUAACGAGGAGGAAAUCACCGGUAUGGGAAAUGACGCUGAAUAAUCUUUCUCAGAUGAGACUAUAUAUGGUAGAUCUCCAUAGCGACACUGUUGCCCGGUUACUAUGAAUGUCUCAAUCAGGUCGUGCUUCAAGACCUAUACUUUUUGCUUAGUGCUGAAAGCAAAAACAAGUCAAUGUUUUUUUUUGUUUUUAUGUUAGAAAACCAUGACUGAAUCAUAAACCACAGGCAUUAAAGACCCUGGAUGACCUUUGACCCCUAACACCAUCUUUCAUCAAACUUCCUUAUUAAGUAAGAAAUGGAUCACACCUCAGGAAGUUGGGGCCGUGUUUGUAAACUCAAUAACAUAUAUGCUUAAGAAAAACUGGGGUUUUUUUAUUUGAGGUGCAUUACACUCUUUAGAUGCAAGAAGCAACUUUGUACAUACGAGGGAUAUAUCCAGCACGUUACAUGAACUUGAUCUUAUCAAUUCAUUUCCCAGUUAAUGGGAAAUGUGGAAUGAGGAUACUCUGCUUUCCAACUUUCUUGGGGGCGAUGAAAAUUUGUGUCUGCGCCGACAAACCAAAUAAACCAAAUCAGAGAAUUUUAA